AUGAAAGAAGAAUUUAGCAUGACUUAUAAAGAGCUUUCAAAAGUCAAAUAGAAAUUUAAUAUAUGCUCAGUCAAUUUAAAUUCUUGUAUUUUUUUAUUAUAUUUAAUACGAUAUAGCUGACAUAUUUAUAUUUCAAACUGCCUAUUAAUCGGGACAUCCAUGA